GCGAUUCCGAGCCAUCCUCUGAAAUCGACGACCAUGAAGCGCGGGUCCCAUGCGUCGCCGGAGCGGUCGGCCAAGAAGGCCAAGGCGCCGGACGCCGAGGCCUCGGGCAUCCUCCGCGACCUCCUCCUCAACAUCCAGAAGGGCCACGCGGAGCCGCUCCUUGCCUCGCUGCUGGCCUUCCACGACGCGAUCGAGUGGACGUCGCCGUUGGACUGCGCCGUCUUGCAGGCGUUCCUCGACAUCUCGCCGCGCGCCGACCAGCUCUUGGACCUCUGGGGUAGCUCUGUAUGGGUCGACGACAAGAAGCGCGAGCUGUUUGCGCCGCUCAUGGAGGUUCUGACGGCGGUCGCGGCGACGCUCCGAGCGACGAACGUGCCGGCGGCCGAAGCAUUCGGCCUCGCGAUCCUCAAGAACAAGAUGGAGUGGAUCACGAAGCAGCUCACGUGGUCCGACAAGCCGCGCAUCGAGCACGCGACGCUCACGCUCUGCACCGAGCUCGUCUCGACCAACGGCCGCCUCGCCCGCGAGUUUGUCCGGCUCUUUGAUUUUAGCGCCAAGUUCUUCGCCACGCUCAGUAGCCGCCGCGCAAAAGACGUGACGAUGCCCGACUCGAGCCGGACCUUCUCGGUGCGCCACAGCUUUGUAGCCUUUGUGCUGUCGCUCACACACUCCCACGACGAGCACGUGUACCGGUUCAUGGUCAAGGCCGACGGCCCGACGCACAGCCUCUUCAAGAGCAUCGACGGCGAUACGCUCGCAGACGUGACAGUGAUUCUCUCAAGUUUGGAGACGACUGUCCUUGCCAAGGCCGACGUGCUGCACAAGCACAACGUGCUCUCGAUGCCAGCGAUUGCGCAGCUGCUCAAGCUCCUCGAGUCGCCCGACGACGCGAUCACCGACCUUGCUAAAGCAUUUCUGCACCAACUCUUCUUUGCCGACGGUGCUUUGUACCACGUGAGCCAGAUCUCGACGCUGCCCUUCCUGACGAAGAAGGGCGCGAAGGCGCUGCAUUUGACCGAGGCCGACGAGGCGCCGACGUCCGUGGCGGCCAACAUCGUCACCAAAGUGCUCAAGUCGUUCAACAUUUCCGCGUCGCUCGGUGAACCAAAGCGCGAGGCGCUCCUGCUCGAGUUUCUCAAGCAUUACCCCGGCCUCGUGCUCCCGCUGUUCGAGUCGUACUUGGUCGUCGUCCAGCCGCGCCCGUCCUUCAAGUGGUUCUCGGCCGCGUCGUUCGUCUUGCAGGCGCUGCGCCUCCCGCUCACCCCGCUUGCGGCGACGCUGACCGCACACGUCGAUGUCUCGUGCCUCGACGGUCUCAAGCAGCUACUGCUGCCCGUAGGCCUCACCAAGAGCGUCCUCACAAAAGCGCUGCAACACACAGAUAUGCUCGUGGUGUACACAACGCUCAACCUCGUGGCCGUCGUCUUGGCCCGCGUCGCGACCGUCACGGCGCUUCUGUCGAACGAGGUGCGCUCGGUGCUCGAAGCCGACGUGCUGCGCGGGAUGCUGCCGCCGCCCGAGGUCAUGCUCACGCUCUGCACCAAGUACCGGCCGUUGGAGACUACGGACCACGCGUCGUCCAAGAUGGAGCUUGUGUGCGCGCGGGCCCUCGGCGUGCUCCAGGCGUACUUUGUCUACCUGCCGCAGACGAUGGGCGAGACGAAGUUUGACAUUUCCAAGCUGCUGUUGCCGUCGCAGGUCGCGCCGAGCUUGUUGGGCGCGCUCUUGCAGCUGCUCCGCGUCGCCGAGCCGCACCGCCUUGCGUACAUUGUGCACGGCGGCGACGCCGCCAAGUUCCAGUCCCUUUUGCGCCACUGCCUCAGCGCGCAGCCGGCGAUCGCGACGCUCGGACGCCACGUCGUGCGCCGGACGCUCGCCGCGCUCCAGAUCUUUGGCCUUGCCCCGGUGCACGACAACCACACGCCGCACGAAAUCGACGUGUGGCUCGCUCAACUCGGCCGGCAUCCGAACGCGCUUGCGUUCUUCGACAGCCUCGUGCGGGCCGUGGCCGCGAAUCCGUUUGCGUGCCCUGGGGCGCCGUCGGCGAGCCCCGUCACGCGUGCGCUUCUCUCGUACUUGAGCAGCGCCGAGAUGCCGCUGCAGCUCAAGGUCACCGACAUGGCGGCCGCCACCGCAUUUGGCGUCGCUGUGCUUCGUAACCUCCAAUCGCUCUCGGUGGCGCCCCGCGAGCUCGCGCCGUCGAAGGUCGAGCGCGACCCGAUCGGCGUCGUUGCCGCCUUUGUCGCAGCAUGCACGAGCGUCGAAACAAAGGUCGCCAAGUCGUAUGCACGCACGCUGACGCCCGCCACGUCCCUCGAGGCGCUGUCGGCUACCGAGUCGCUGGUCGUCACGGAGCCGCUAUUGAUCGCGGCCGUCGCGCACCGCUUCGUAGCGAUGGAGCAGUACUUGUCCACGCAUGGCACGGCCUCGCUCUUCGACUCGGACGUGCUGCGAUCCGGCUUUGGCAAGCCGUCGACCAAGAAGCGCUGCAUCGUGACGCACUUUUUCGCGACCGCGCCGACCCACGUCGUGCUCACGUCGCUCUUCCACCCGCACGUGCUGCUUCGCGGCGGCCAAAGCUUUGUACCAUCAACGUCGGCGCUGCAGUCGUACCUUGCAACGCGCUUGGCGACACCGGACGCGAGCGCGGCCGUCGCGGCCCUGGACCUCGUCCACAGCCUCGCCAUGUACCUUGCCCGCCACAAGAAGAACAUCGCGUCGACGAAAUCGUAUGUGAAAGCCAUGCGCGCGGCCGUCACAGCGCUCCAGCAGCUCCUCGUGCACGUGGCCAUGGACAGCGUGACCCUCCACGCGUCAUUUUGGCACAGCGUGUGGGCGCACCACGCCGAAGUGCUCGCGAUCGUCGCGACGUCGGACGACGCCGUGCUCCGUGCCUGGGCGAUGCUGCCGUACGCCCUGGCGUCGCUCUUCCCCGAGGCGUACCUGCCCAAGCUUCUGACGCCGUGGGGCGAGACAGGGCCGCUCGCGAUCGCGAUGGCCACGCACGCGUCGCCAACCGAAGUCCACGACCUCCUUGACGCGAUGCUGUCGACUCCGCGUCCGAACGUGCGCCUCGUGCUGCAUCUUCUCGAUCUCUCGGCACACGCGACGCUGCCCCGCCCGUCGCUCUUUGCGCGCGUCGUUGCGAUUGCGCUCGGUCACCCGACGACGGUGUCGCCCAAGGCGUGGCUGCUGCACUACAUCCAGCAGCACCACGUGGCCGACAAUGCGCUCUUGGCGUCCGUGUUUGACUUGUGCUGGAGCGACGUCUCGAGCGUCCUGCAUCUCUCGCUGCUGCAAGAGCUCGUCGUCAAGAACGCCAAGUGCCGACUCGCAUUCGCGUCGCUCCGGUCGUCGAGCCAGCUCUUGAACGAGGCGUCGCUGCCCGGUGUCUUGGCGGUUGCGGCCACGUACCUCCAGUCGGCGCCUCUCUCGUCCGACUGCGUCGCUUGGGUGCGUGACAUCAUUGUGCCCACGUGCGUCGACGCGAUCCUCAACGACGCCAACACUUCCAUGACGUCGCUUGCGUCCGUUCUGGAAGCGCUGCCGGAGCACACUAGUAGCGGAGACGUCGACUUUCUCGUCGACGGGCUGCUCCAGAACAAGGGCAAAUCGCUGUCGCCGGCGCAGCUCCAGGUCUUUGUGCUCGCGACCAAGCACUACGACCUGGCGCCACACGCGUUCAAGCUGCUCCAGUUUGCGCUGCAGCAGCUGUCGCGCGCACCCCAUGGUGUCGCAGGUGACGCGAGCGCGUACAUUGUCGAGACGCUCCUCGUGGCCCACGUACGCGACAUAAAGAAGCUACCGACGAUCGCCGCGCAGUCGGUUGUCAAGGCACUCGUGGCGAACCACGCAUGGCUGACCGCGCCAGCUCUGCACCGCGCGAUCAAGACCAUGGCUGUGCUGCUGCCGGUCGACUUUAUGCCGCUCGCCCGUGUCAUCGUGACGGCGCUGCCGCAGCUGCAGCUCGAGUCGACGCUCGUGGACGCUUUGGCAGCGAUCCUCGCGACGGCACCCGACGGCACUACCGACGAUUUAGUCGAUCUGGCGCUGCUCAAGGCGCUGCUGAGUCGGUACGGUGCGUCCUUGUCGCCGGUCGACGUGGCGCUGCAGAGCGUGCUCUCGCUGCUCGAGACCAAGUUUGACGUACGCUUGGAGACUGCGCACUACUGCUUUGGGCGCGCCAACCACGUCGCCUCGUCGUCGCUCUCGAGCAUCAAGUCGCACUGGCUCCUCGAAGAGAUCGAGCCGGCGCGCAUGCGCAAGAGCAUCGAGUACUUUCCGCUCCAACGGUCGUUCUCGGGCGGCGCCGUCGACGACGACCAAGAGGCGAGCGUGUACGACCCGGCGUUCUUCCUCCCGCUCGUCGCCCACACGCUGUCGACGAGCCACAUUCCGGACAAGCAGCUCCUCCAGUCGGGCAUCCUCGGGUAUGCGAUUUGCGCGCUCUCGGCCGAAGACGACACGAUCCGCGCGUAUGCAUAUGGCAUUGUGGCGUCGGCGCACGAAGCCAUGAGCGUCACCGCGCGGUCGCACGAUUUUCACGAGCGGCGGCAGAUCCACUUGCUCCUCGAGACGCUCAAGAACGGCGUCCGGUCGACGCACGAGCGGCUGCCGUCGCUCCUCACGGUCUUUGCCAACGACGCGAUCUCGGUCCUGCUGCGCCCGGGGCACGCCAUGUACCCGCUCAUCAACGCGUUUUUGCUGGCGCGGUCGGCGCUCGACACGACCGACGUACCCAUGUUUUACACGCUCUUCAACUCGAGCGCGACCACGUACCGCCAAGAACGGUCGUGGCUCCUGCACAUUAUCAAGCGCGGCGUCCGGCUCAACAUUGACGUCGACCUGCUCCAGCGCCGCCACGUGUUUGCCAUUCUGCUCACGUUCUUCGACUCGCCGCUUGCGGACGCGUACACGCAAGACUUUGUGCUGCACAUUCUGAGCCGGUCCGUCGCGACCCCCCACGGCGUCUUUACGCUCGUCCACAAAUUUGGGCUCCUCGCGUGGCUCGAGUGCGCGCUGCUCCGCCAUGCGAGUAGCGACGUCAUCGUCCACUGGCUCCUCUCGAUCGCGACGACGGCCAUCGAGGCGUACGAGUCGGCCGAGAAGAACGACGCCAAGUACCGGCUCAACGUCGUGACGCAGCUCCAACAGCUUUGCAAGUCGAUGAUGCAGCUUGCGUCGUCGCUGCCCGCGACCUGCACACCCCUUCUUUCGCGGCUGCUGUCCCAGUACGUGGCGUUUGGGCUGGCGUCGGCCGACACGGAUCUGUGGUUUUCGCUGGACCUUGUCGAGAGCUUGGUGGCCCGCGCGACGGUGGACGAGGCGCGUGACGUCGCACAGCUUGUCGCUCGCUGCUUUGCGCGGGUGCCCGACGCGGCGCGGUCGAUGCAGUUUGCGCCGGCCACGUACGCGCGCUGGGCGUCCCUCAGCGCUUUUGUCGGCGCGCAUCUGAGCGGCGAUUUGCCGCAGACGUUCCCAGCGACGCUCCACGUCUUGCUGGACGCUUCGCCGGCGUUUGCGUCUGCCGUCCACAACGAUUUGCCGCGCGGGCAGUUGCACGUGUGCCUCUCGUAGGCAUAUUCGCCUUGGUUAAUUUCAUUUUCUCUCGAUA